UUCGAACCAUCACAGUCAUGUCAACGUAAUGCGUCGCACAAGAAUGCAUUUUGGAAGAGUAAAAUCGUGCUUUGUUAUUGUGAUGAUUAUUGUCUUGUGUACACCAAAAGCCACAUUUGCGGAAUCAAGUAAACCUCACAUAAUUUUCAUCGUUGCCGACGAUUUGGGAUGGAAUGAUGUGGGAUUUCACGGAUCAGGACAAAUCCCUACUCCAAAUAUCGAUGCGCUCGCUUACAGCGGCGUAAUUUUGAACAGAUAUUACGUUACGCCAAUAUGCACACCUUCGAGGAGUGCACUAAUGACUGGGAAGUAUCCUAUUCAUACUGGCAUGCAACACGGGGUGCUCAAGGGAGCGGAGCCUCGAGGUUUGCCGCUGCAGGAGAAACUGCUUCCUCAAUACCUUCAGGAACUCGGCUAUCGCACGCACAUUGUUGGCAAAUGGCACCUCGGCUUUUACAAGAAGGAGUACACCCCGACCCACCGUGGCUUCGAAAGCCAUUUGGGUUAUUGGACCGGCCGGCAUGAUUAUUACGACCAUACUGCUGUCGAACAGGACUACUGGGGUCUCGACAUGCGGAGAAACAUGGACACGGCCUGGGACCUGCACGGCCAGUACUCCACGGACGUAUUUACCAAAGAGGCCGUCAAGCUGAUAAACAGUCACAACGAGAGCCAGCCCAUGUUUCUUUACUUUGGCCACGCGGCCGUGCACUCCGGGAACCCGUACAACCCCCUGCCCGUGGCCGACGAGCUCGUCGACAAGAUCAAGAUUCCCGAGUACAAGAGACGCCGCUACGCGGCUAUUGCCAGCGUAAUGGACUCGUCGGUGGGUAAAGUCGUCGAGGCUCUUGAGAAGAAAAAUAUGCUGCGAGACAGUAUUAUCGUCUUCACUACUGACAACGGCGGUCCCGCCGCAGGUUUCAACUUGAACGCCGCUUCCAAUUGGCCUCUCAGGGGAGUUAAGGACACUUUGUUUGAAGGUGGGGUCCGCGGCGCCGGAUUGAUCUGGUCCACGCGCCUAUCCCGACCGGGACGCGUGUCAAACCGGAUGUUCCACAUUGUGGACUGGCUGCCAACGCUCCUGCGGGCCUCCUCCGCGACCAGCCAGGCCAAGGACAUCGAUGGUCUGGACUCGUGGGAGGCGCUCGCGAGGGACCAGGAGUCGCUCCGUAGGGUCACCCUCCACAACAUCGACGAUCUGAGAGGAGCAGCUGCCGUAGCUGUCGACGAUUGGAAGUUAAUCAAAGGCACAACUUACGGAGGCAAGUGGGACCAGUGGUACGGGCCCUCGGGCCGCGAGUACCCGUACGACGUGGCCAGCGUGAUCGAAGGCUGUCCCGCGGCCAAGGCGCUGAAGCGACUUGGCAUGGACUUGAGUCGUUCAAAAGUACUGGAGCUGAGGGCAAGCGCCACGCUCGAGUGUGGCCUAGUUCAGACCGCCGACGUCACGGAGAGCGAGCCCUGCAACCCUCUCAAGUCACCUUGUCUGUUCAAUAUACGUCAGGACCCGUGCGAGAGGCACAAUUUGGCCAGUCAGCAUCCCGAUGUCGUCAAAAAUCUGACAAAUGAACUUUCCAAAUUGAACGCAACAGCUAUACCGCCCGGGAAUCUGCCGUGGAAUAGCAGAGGCGACCCUAGUCUUUGGGAACAUACGUGGAAUAACUUUGGGGAUUAUGAACUAGAGGAAAUCAAAUGAGCAUUGCAUGCAGUACUCCUUAUUGUUUAAUUUCAUAAUUAAUAAGGUGAAUUUUAUUAUAAAGGUGUUUUUUUCCAGCUGCACAUAUCGAGAUUUGAAUUCCGAUGCUUCAUCUACUUGUAUGGAAAAACUAUGAGUAAUACAAGUGAGCUAUCAACUGAAACUUUUGUAUAAAAUAAAAAAAAUUUCCUUAGCCAACUGUCCUUUCAUAUAAUUUCAUACAAAAUAAGUUUAA